AUGGUCGUUCACAACCCUAACAACUGGCAUUGGAUUGACAAAAACUGUUUGCCAUGGUCCAAAGACUACUUGAAGGAAAAUAUAAUAGACACUGCAUAUGAAGAUGACCUGUUCAGAUUUGUAGUUACUGCUGUUGAUUCUGUCAGUGGUGAUUGUGAUGUGACUCAAAGAAAGGGAAAGGUAUUAUGUAUAUAUGACAUGAGAUUACAGUUUCUGUUAUCUGGAGCUAUCAAAAAGGGAAACGAUGAGGAGGAGGAAGAAACAAUAUCAGCAACAAUCGUAAUACCUGAAUUUGUUCAUGAUCAGGGUGAAGACGAGUAUAUUUUUGAGAUAGAAUCAGCCUCUCAAAAAUCAGAAAUUAGAAAGCACUUUGUACCAAUCUUGAAGGAGAAAUUGAUGAAGUUUCAACCUGAUUUGCUAGAAGCACACGCAAAAGAUGUUCAACAUGCAACCGAUUAA